GUCUUGGGAGCAAAACACGAAAGGCAAACAAGUAAAUUAGAAAAAUGAACUGAUAUACAAUGUGUGAAAUACCUUUUAUCAUAAUUUUGUUGAGCAUGUAUUUUUUUCUUUAAUUUUCAUUGGUCUCUUAUACUUUCUCCAUUCUUUCAUCCCUUACACUGGUGGACUCUGGAACAGCCUUCAGUCCUUCAUCUGUAUUUCCUCCUGCCUACAACUGGACCUCUUUCAAGGGGAGAGUACCAAGACACCUCUCCACCCAAAACUGACCUCUCAUUUUAUAGGGGCAGUGAUUAGCGGGCAUUUUUCCUCGAAUGUAAAAAAAGCUUCAUUUAGUGGAAGCUUCACUUAUGUGGGAAGUGACUUAAAUUACUUCAUUAGACUGAGUUUACUGAACAUCACAUAUAGUUUUAAGUUUAGUUUAAUGCAAUAUUUAAAGGUUGGCCAACCCCCAAAGACCUAUAGGGAGAGAGGCAGACGAGCCCCAAGACCUAGGGGCUGUUUUUGCCGCCCUACCCUCCCCUUUCUGAUUAAACUAAGCAACUCAAGGGCAAUAAAGAAAGAAAGAAAAUAAGAAAACAAAACAGUGCAGCUCCUGAAAAUCAAAAAGGAGUGGACAGAAGUAAGAGGAAGGAAGAAUUGCCCCCCCCUGAAAAAAAGACUAUGUGAGAAUAAACAAUAAUAAACAAUGAAUAAGUAAGAAUAAACAAGAUACCCAUAUCGAUCAAAAGAAGGAAAAAGGUAAUGAAGAUACUGUGAAAACCAAGCAAAUCACGUAGCUCAUCCCCUCACUGAGACAAGCCAGCCAUAGAGAAAGUCCCCCAGCCACGCAUCACCAAGGCAGUCACCAAGGCAGUCGUAUUUCCAGUCAGUAUCGCGGCAAGGAUGGAGAUUCUCGAGUUAGCGGCGUGUGUGUUCGGGCUGGUGUUCCUCCUGGGGGAUAUCAGCCUGGUGAUCGCCUGCUCCGCCAUGCAUCUCGAGAGGGGCGGCUUGGCGGGAGGCUGGGUGCAGGGGGGGUUCACGUUGGGCCUGUUCUUUGUGGCUGGACUCAUCACCAACCUCUUCCACUUCUUCGGACAUGAAUGGCAGCGAAUGGCUCAGCGAAGCUUCGGAGGCAAAGCCAAAUGUUACUUGCUCCUCGCUGUUCCCUGCUCCUCCCUCCUGCGAUGGUAUAUCCGGAGAUUUCGAGACCCUCAGAGCCUGUCACUCCGCUGCUGGGCGUCUUCCCUCAGACUCUUCUACUGCACUGGCACCUUCAUGCAAGCUGUACUUCAGAGCUACGUGGUGGUCCAUCUGUGGUGGGAACAAGACCUUCCUGUCCACUACGUCUACGUACCCUUGGUGGCCGGCGUCGUCUUGACCCUGCACGCCAUCUACGGGGUCAGUGACUACAUAUGGACAGAAUACUACGACGAGACGCACCGCACCCUCCCGGCCCUCGACUACCUCCUCAUCCUCUCCGCUCUCACCCUGAACAUGGGGGGGCGUGUGGCAGCCAUGGCGGUGGUGAUGGGGACGAUGGGUUGGUACUGGCUGGCUCUGGCGGCACUGAGUCCUCUUCUCAUCAACUACACCGUUUACAUCGUCCAAGGCGCCCCUUUUGCUGCCUCAAGAGGCGCUCAGGUGUGGCUUCUAAUCUUCAUGUUGCCGCUGGGCUUCCUCUCCGCGAUCUUUGUGUCGGAGAAGAGGGAGCUGACCGUCAUCACGACUCUGGCCUGGCUGGGCUGUUCGGUGCCGCAGAUAUACAUGUACCAUGAAACCCAUAGCGAGUGGCUGGCGUGGAGCAUUCCUGCGGCGGGCCAAGUCCUGGCUCUCGUUAUCAUGAUGGCGAGGUGGAGUGUGUUUGAAUCCGCCUUUGAGAGAUUCGGACGCCUGGCUCGAGUGAAUCAGUUCGUUCGAGUGCCAACCAAGGAACCGGGAAACAUAGAAGAGGCGGUAAGGUAGACAGACGGAAAGUGAUGGGAUGAUGUUGACAGUAUUGUAAAUGAUGUUAUUUUAAUAAUUAAUGUUGGCGGUAUUAUAGUUGUAUUGUCAAACAAGAGGAAGGUGGCGAGAGAGGCUGAGCAGGCCAAGGUCAGUAACGGUUUGCAGUGUUCUUUCCAAGUUGCCACCGUCGAGAUGUCUCACCUCAACUCGGCCGCUCGUGCCACCUUUUCAGCGCUUUACCAAAACUAAACACUGUUUUCGUCUUAUUCGGAGAUACAUUAUUUUACAUUAUUAUUUACAGAUUUUUUUUUUUUAACCAUCCAAGAGCUAUGAUGAAAGCCAUAUAAAGUGACAAAGCAUUCAUAAGAGCGCCGCUAAAUACGUGCCGCAUUUCUAAUUUGUUGUAUAAAUAUUUCAUUGAUUUAGUUUAAUAUUCUUUAAAAAUUCAGAAUAUUUACGUUGAGAUUGUAUCACAACCUCUUUUAAAGCUUUAUCAAAUGUGGGUGCACAGUGUGAGCCGCGAAAUGUUUAAGAAGAUGAACCACGGACUUGCAGCUCGUAAUUCACUGAAGGUAGUUUUGUGUCCCUUCUUUGGGCCAGUUUGACAGUCCAGCACCGAGCCAUUGUAAGCGCCCAAACCAAACUAAUUUUCUUCACAAUGAUCCGUAAAUUCUUCUCUAUACCAGAUACAAAAGAGAUAUCCUGUGUGGUUAUCUAAAAUUCCCUCCUUUUUACAUCAACGCCACACACUACACAAGGCAUUUUCAUGGUAUUUUGUGUUUGGUUGGGGAGCGUACAAAUUUGCUCUACCGGGCUAUAAAACUUUCCCCCAGUCUCUCAUUUUCAUUUCUCUUAAUUGAUUUUUUUUUUCCUUUUCUCCAUUCAAGGUAGUCGCAAGUCUUCCUUCAAUCCUCCCGUUUGUAGUUUAAAUGAAGCGAGGAAAACGAUUUGUCUGCCUUUAUUACUUAGAAUUACUAAAAGGAAUUUCCGAGAGAGAGAGAGAGAGAGAGAGAGAGAGAGAGAGAGAGAGAGAGAGAGAGAGAGAGAGAGUCUGUAUGUAUGUAUAUUAUAUUAGAAGCACUUAUGUAUUUAUAUAUGUGAUUAAUCAUAUAUAUAUUCUUUAA